AUGGGCUCCGUUGUCGUCAACCACGUGCAGGAUCAUAACAUGUUGGGAGUUAAUUCGGAUUCUUAUGUGUCUAUGGACUCUCACUCGACUUCCUCAAACACCCCCACCUCUGCCCCACCGUCCGUAGGCUCUGCCCGGCUUCCUGUGCAUGCGAAUGAUGUACCGGCUUACAUCAACUCAUACACACCUUCACAAGCUUCUCGUUCUUCCGAUACUCCUUUCACACAGCCGCCUUCAAUGACAUCUGAUCCCUUUCCUCCUAACUACUCCUCCCGUACCCCGCCAACCCAGACCGAGAGCCACUACCCUAAUCAGUCGGCGCCCGAUUCACCGCGUCUCCAACCCACAUACCAAUCCAUGCAGUCCGUGCCAGGCUCGGAAGCCAAUUCACCGAGCCGCAUUCGGGUCCAAAGCUUAUCUCAUAUCCAAAGUCUCGCCAAUGAGGACUUCAUCGGACCGAGCUCACACCCUCCCGGAACUGGGUCACAACGACAGUAUGAGAUUAGCUCCAUGCCGGUCACGGAGAUCAUCGAGAUGGUUGCUGGACUUUUGACCAAGAUCACGACCACAAACGAUAUGCAUCAUGAACACGUACAUCGCCAUAUCCCCCCGCCCGAUGGCACAUCCAACCUCAGCCCGCAGGCCACCAGCGUCCUGGCAUUCCACGGCAAGAAUGUCCCGACCAUCACCAUCUUGAGUUAUUUGACUCGCAUCCACAAAUACUGUCCUACAACCUACGAGGUCUUUCUAAGCUUGCUGGUCUACUUUGACCGCAUGACCGAGCUGGUCAACCGCGAUCAGCUCGAACACAUGCACCAACGUUGGGACUCUGCCACGGGGUCUGAAGCUUCCUCCGAAUCUACUGAAUCCCCAGAAGACCACCAGAUGCAGGAUUCUCUAAUGGCUACACCACCCCACUCAACAGGCUUUACUGCGCAGGACUCGCAAGGGUCGAAUGCUUCAAAUUCGCCUGGCCUUUCGCCUCAGUCGGAUGCCGAGGCACUUUCACAUUUCUUCGUCGUUGAUAGCUUUAAUAUCCAUCGACUGGUCAUCGCUGCCGUGACCUGCGCGAGCAAGUUUUUCUCUGAUGUUUUCUACACCAAUUCACGUUAUGCAAAGGUUGGCGGUCUUCCACUGGUGGAGCUCAACCACCUGGAACUGCAAUUCCUCCUUCUGAACGACUUCCGACUCGCCAUCACCGUCGAAGAACUAGAGUCGUAUGGUACAAUGCUCGUAGAGUUCUACGCACGAGAGGUUGUGACACAGCAACAACAACAGCAACAUCACAGAAGCCUCCCCCGGGAGAUCGCUCCCCCAGCCGACGCAUACUCCGAUGCCAUGUACAUGCGAUCCCGCGAUAAGCCUCGCGACCACGCCGAGUUCGGACAAACUCCGACACCACCGUAG